UUUCAAAUUCACCACAAACCCAAAAACCUCCAUCCAUCCAACACUACUGUUUACACUCCCAUCAAAUAAUUAAGUCAGUUUUCAAUAAUAUUAUUAUGGAUAUCUAUUAUUCAGACCCACUUGCUGAAUCAUCGUCAUCAUCAAUAUCUGAUACUAAUAACAAUCAGUACUCCCCUAAUAAUAAUUUUUCUGAUGAGGAAGUUAUUAAUUUAGCUUCAAAUAACCCGAAGAAGCCAGCUGGCAGGAAGAAGUUUCGAGAAACUCGACAUCCAGUAUACAGGGGAGUCAGGAUGAGGAAUUCUGGGAAAUGGGUUUGUGAAGUUAGAGAACCAAAUAAGAAAUCAAGGAUUUGGCUUGGUACUUUCCCCACAGUAGAAAUGGCAGCUAGAGCUCAUGACGUGGCAGCUUUAGCAUUAAGAGGCCGUUCUGCUUGCUUGAAUUUCGCUGAUUCGGCUUGGAGGUUGCCUAUUCCGGCUUCCUCUAACUCCAAGGAUAUUCAAAAGGCAGCCGCUGAGGCUGCAGAAAUCUUCCGACCAGAGUCGGAAGAAGUUUCAGGAGAAUGUAGCACUACUCCUGAAACGCUAGAAAACACGUUUUUUAUGAAGGAGGAGAGUAGUUUGUUCAUGGAUGAGGAAGCGCUCUUUUACAUGCCAGGAUUAAUUGCGAAUAUGGCAGAAGGACUCAUGCUACCUCCUCCCCAAUGUUUAGAGAUCGGAGAUCAUUAUGUGGAAUUAGCUGAUGUGCACACUUAUAUGUCUUUAUGGAAUUAUUCUAUAUAAAUAAGGAUAUAUUUAGGAGAUUUUAUUAGUUUCCGUACAAAUGUAUACAUGUGUAGUAAUUAUUUGAAUGAAACAAGUGAACAAGUUCAUCUAAUUAGCAGCACCUAUAUCAUCUAUACUCAGAAUGUUCAAUAUAUUUUCUGUCUUUCUAGAUUUAGAAUUAAUAACCUAUAACUAAUAUAUUCU